GUGUGAAGCCCUCCCGGAAGGAAGGUGAGCCUUCCUAAACCUCUACUGACAGCAAAGCUGCGGAGGCCCUGCUGCGUGAGACCCAGAAGCUUCCAGGCCACUUCCAGUCAGUCCGGGCGGCUGCUGGGAUCUGGCAACGUCGUCGGAGGCUCUGCUACAGAAACUAGGUGGCGGGCCCCAACCUCUGGCACUGCUGCCACCCUCCUCCCUGGCCCUUCUGGCUCACGCAGCCACCUCCAGCCCUGCUUGGUGUGGAACAGUGCUGGUUCGGCGCGGAGCAGCCCAAGAGAGCAGGUCAACAGCUCUGCUACUCUGGAUUAAGAAUCACUAGGAUGCCUAUCCUGGAAAAGGUCCCCCAAAAGAUGCCUGUACAAGCUUCUAGCUGUGAGGAGGCGCUGGACUUACCUAAGUUGCCAGUGCCCCCACUGCAGCAAACCCUGGCUACCUACCUGCAGUGCAUGCAACACCUGGUACCUGAAGAGCAAUUCAGGAAGAGCCAGGCCAUUGUGAAGCGGUUUGGGGCUCCUGGUGGCCUGGGUGAGACCCUACAGGAAAAGCUCUUGGAGAGACAGGAGAAGACAGCCAAUUGGGUCUCUGAAUACUGGCUGAAUGACAUGUAUCUAAACAACCGCCUGGCCCUGCCAGUCAACUCUAGCCCUGCUGUGAUCUUUGCUUGGCAGCACUUCCAAGACACCAAUGACCAGCUAAGGUUUGCAGCCAGCCUCAUCUCCGGUGUGCUUAGCUACAAGGCUCUGCUGGACAGCCAAUCCAUUCCCACUGACUGGGCCAAGGGGCAGCUCUCAGGGCAGCCCCUCUGUAUGAAGCAGUACUACAGACUCUUCUCAUCUUACCGGCUUCCUGGCCAUACCCAGGACACACUGGUGGCCCAGAAGAGCAGUAUCAUGCCUGAGCCUGAGCAUGUCAUCGUGGCCUGCUGCAACCAGUUCUUUGUCUUGGAUGUUGUCAUUAAUUUCCGCCGUCUCAGUGAGGGUGAUCUGUUCACUCAGUUGAGAAAGAUAGUCAAAAUGGCGUCCAACGAGGAUGAACGCCUGCCUCCAAUCGGCCUGCUGACGUCAGACGGGAGGAGCGAGUGGGCCAAGGCCAGGACGGUCCUCUUAAAAGACUCCACCAACCGGGACUCCCUGGACAUGAUCGAGCGCUGCAUCUGCCUGGUAUGCCUGGAUGGUCCAGGCACUGGAGACCUCAGUGACACACACAGGGCCCUCCAGCUCCUUCACGGUGGAGGCUGCAGUUUGAAUGGAGCGAAUCGUUGGUAUGACAAGUCCCUGCAGUUUGUGGUGGGCCGAGAUGGCACCUGCGGUGUAGUGUGUGAGCACUCCCCCUUUGAUGGCAUCGUCCUGGUGCAGUGCACGGAGCACCUGCUGAAACAUAUGAUGACAAGCAACAAGAAGCUCAUCCGAGCUGACUCGGUGAGUGAACUCCCUGCUCCCAGAAGGCUGAGGUGGAAAUGUUCCCCAGAAACUCAAGGCCAUCUCGCCUCCUCAGCAGAGAAACUUCAAAGAAUAGUAAAGAAUCUGGAUUUCAUUGUUUAUAAGUUUGACAACUAUGGAAAAACAUUUAUUAAGAAGCAGAAAUGCAGUCCUGAUGGCUUCAUCCAGGUGGCCCUCCAGCUGGCUUACUACAGGCUUUACCAGAGGCUGGUGCCCACCUAUGAGAGUGCAUCCAUCCGCCGCUUCCAGGAAGGUCGGGUGGACAACAUCAGAUCGGCCACUCCUGAGGCUCUGGCUUUUGUGCAAGCCAUGACUGACCACAAGGCUGCUGUGCUGGCUUCUGAGAAACUGCAGCUGCUGCAGACAGCCAUCCAGGCCCAGACUGAGUACACAGUCAUGGCCAUAACCGGCAUGGCCAUUGACAAUCAUCUUCUGGCACUGAGGGAGCUGGCCCGAGACCUGUGCAAAGAGCCACCUGAGAUGUUCAUGGAUGAAACAUACCUGAUGAGCAACCGGUUUGUUCUCUCCACCAGCCAGGUGCCCACAACCAUGGAGAUGUUCUGCUGUUAUGGCCCUGUGGUCCCCAAUGGGUAUGGAGCCUGCUAUAACCCCCAGCCUGAGGCCAUCACCUUCUGCAUCUCCAGCUUUCACAGCUGCAAAGAGACCUCAUCUGUGGAGUUUGCGGAAGCAGUGGGAGCGAGCCUUGUUGACAUGAGAGACCUCUGCAGUGCGAGGCAGCCUGCUGAAGGCAAGCCACCAACAGCAAAGGAAAAAGCUAGAGGCCCAACCAAGCCAAGCAAUCUUGACUCCUCCCACUAGUCAAUCUCCUACAGGAGUCAGCCCCUGCUCCCAUCCCCCACCCUAGCUUGUUGUUGCUCUCCUAUCCUUGGGGGCUCACAUGAAGCUAGCAAGUUAAGAGAGAGAGAGAGAGAGAGAGAGAGAGAGAGAGAGACCCUCAUUGUUUAUCAAAGUGGCCUCUGGCCUUUACAACUGGAAAUGAGACCCAGCCUGGCUUGGAAGCAGCCUGGUGAGCUGGGAGCUCCCCUCUGAGGUCUUUAGAAACUUAACCUUUCUGCUUCUUUCCGAGCAACACCCAGUGGUGCACAUGGUAGCUCUGCCAGUGGAAGAAUCGUCAUCUCAUCACAUGUUAUGGGCCCAAAUAAGUCAUGAAGGCAGAGGCUAGCUCCAUCCACACACUCACAUGCACACAGAUAGCCCAAGUUCAUUUAGAAUACAGUGGCCCACACCCACAAAGACAUUUCUUCCUUUAUCUUUCAUAGCACAGUCUUCCUUGAGUUCAGAUUAUCUCAUCCAGAUAUUCAGAAAGAAAGAAAGAAAGAAAGAAAGAAAGAAAGAAAGAAAGAAAGAAAGAAAGG